CGGCGCAGCCCCACGCAGCCCGGGCACAGCUAGGUGCCCAUCUGCACACAGAGCGUUGCCCGGGAAACGCCGCCAGCGCACACUUACGCCAUGCCAGCUUUUCCAGUCUCCGGGAGACUCCAGGACGCGGUGACGUAGCAGCCGGCCAGGGCGGGGCGUGGGGUUCGGAGCGCGCGUGCGUACUAUGCAGGCUCCCGGAAGUCGGGCCAUGGGGUCUCUCGGUGAAGCGACCCUGCGGAAACUGCGGAUGUUUUCGGAGAUGAGAGGUAAACCUGUGGUGGCUGGAAAAUUCUGGGAUGUAGUUGCGAUAACAGCAGCCGAUGAAAAGCAGGAGCUUGCUUACAAACAACAGUUGUCAGAGAAGCUGAAGAGAAAGGAAUUGCCCCUUGGAGUUCAAUAUCAUGUUUUCACUGAUCCUGCUGGAACUAAAAUUGGAAAUGGAGGAUCAACACUUUGUUCUCUUCAGUGUCUGGAAAGUCUCUAUGGAGAUAAAUGGAAUUCUUUCACCGUCCUAUUAAUUCACUCUGGUGGCUACAGUCAACGGCUUCCCAAUGCAAGUGCUUUAGGAAAAAUCUUCACAGCUUUACCACUUGGUGAGCCCAUUUAUCAGAUGUUGGAGUUAAAACUAGCCAUGUACAUGGAUUUUCCCUCACACAUGAAGCCUGGAGUUUUGGUCACCUGUGCAGAUGAUAUUGAACUCUACAGUGUUGGGGACUCUGAGUACAUAGCAUUUGACCAGCCUGGCUUUACUGCCUUAGCCCAUCCAUCUAGUCUGGCUGUAGGCACAACACAUGGAGUAUUUGUCUUGGACUCUGCCAGUUCCUCACAACAUGGUGACCUUGAAUACAGGCAAUGCCACCGUUUCCUCCAUAAGCCCAGCAUUGAAAAAAUGCAUCACUUUAAUGCUGUUCAUAGAGGAGGAAGCUUUGGUCAACAGGACUUGGCUCAGGGUGACACAGCCAGUCUUCCAUUGCACUCUGAGUAUGUCUACACAGAUAGCCUAUUUUACAUGGAUCAUAAAUCAGCCAAAAAGCUACUUGACUUUUAUGAAAGUGUAGGCCCACUGCACUGUGAAAUAGAUGCCUAUGGUGACUUUCUGCAGGCACUGGGGCCUGGAGCAACUGCAGAGUAUACCAGGAACACAUCACAUGUCACUAAAGAAGAGUCCCAGUUGUUGGACAUGAGGCAGAAAAUAUUCCACCUCCUCAAGGGAACACCACUGAAUGUUGUUGUUCUUAAUAACUCCAGAUUUUAUCACAUUGGAACAACCGAAGAAUAUCUGCUUCAUUUCACUUCUGAUAGUACAUUAAGGUCAGAGCUGGGCUUACAAUCCAGUGCUUUCAGUGUCUUUCCAAAUGUGCCUGAAUGCCCCCAUGAGACACCCUGUGUCAUUCACAGUAUACUGGAUUCAGGAUGCUAUGUGGCCCCUGGCUCAGUUGUAGAGUAUUCUAGAUUGGGGCCUGAGGUGUCCAUUGGGGAAAAGUGCAUUAUUAGUGGAUCCGUAAUAGUGAAAGCCACGCUGCCCCCAUAUUCUUUCAUGUGUUCUUUAAGUCUGGAGAUAAACGGACACUUAGAAUACUCAACUAUGGUGUUUGGCAUGCAAGACAACUUGAAGAGCAGUGUUAAAACCAUAUCAGACCUAAAGAUGCUUGCGUUCUGUGGAGUUUGUUUUCAGUCUUGUUUAGAUAUUUGGAACCUUAAAGCUACAGAGGAACUAUUCUCAGGAAGUAAGACACAUCUGAGCCUGUGGACUGCUCGAAUUUUCCCUGUCUGUUCUUCUCUGAGUGAAUCUGCUGCAGCAUCCCUUGGGAUGUUAAGUGCUGUACAGAGCCAUUCACCAUUCAGCCUGAGCAACUUUAAGCUGCUGUCCAUCCAGGAAAUGCUUCUCUACAAAGACGUACGAAACAUGCUAGCUUAUAGGGAGAAAAUCUUUCUAGAAAUUAGUUCAAAUAAGAAACAGUCUGAUUCAGAGAAAUCAUAAAUACAAUAUAUUUUGCCUAUGAACAGGAUUGCAUAUGCACGCAUUUUUAUAGACCUCUGACUUUUCUUUCUUUUCCUCUCUCUCUUUCUUUCUUCUUCUUGUGCAUUUUUGGCUUGUUUCAGUAAAGCAACAUAAUAAAAAUUAUAUCAAUAUAACUACUGUAUCAUAGUAAUAACAAAGGUACAGAAGGCCACUUUGGAUGGUAAAACAUUUCAGCAUUAAAUUCAUGAAAGUGAUGUUGUUUUAAAUGUUUUUGCACUAUUAUAGCUUUGUUUUUUGGUAAAUAUUAAUUUCUGGGAUACUGUUCCAUUCACAUAAUAAAUACUCCUGUUUUAGAGGAUGAUUUUCUAAACAUACUUUUAGAAUUUCUCUGGGUUUUUUGAUAUUUGGUCCAAUAAAGCUCUAUGUGUUAUUGAUGAUUAUAUUCUUUACUUGUCACAAUGAGACAAUACCUAAUUAAAAAAACAUC